AUGUCGACAAGCAAAACGCGGGGAGAGCCCAGCACGAGCGAGAACCUGAAGGAAGCCCUCGGCGAGAAGAUCCCCUUGUAUCACGACCUGCUGAGAAAUUUCCGACGUCACCGUGGCCCGAGUAUCAUCAGUCAUAUCACGGUCGACGACCUGUACGGCGGAUUAAGCGGCGUGAAAACUAUCGUCAGGGAAACCUCGGAAAUCGAUCCCAAGCACGGCGUCGUGUACCGUGGACUGACGAUACCGGAGGUGAUCACUCUGCUGCCUCGCCGAGGAGGCUUGCCGAGCGCCGAAGCUAUCUUCUGGCUGCUUCUGACCGGUGACGUUCCGACACAUCGGCAGACGGCUUCGCUGAUCGCCGACUGGACGUCGCGGCGUCAAAAACGCGCCGAGCAGUGGUCAGGAUCGCGAGGUGAGACCGCGCUUUCCGUUCUGCGUUCUCUGCCCGAGAGCGUCACACCCCUGGGCAGGUUGUCGGUCGCACUCACGAUCCUCGACGUCAGCAAGUGCGCGAAGGAGGCCAAGAGACACGGCGCUAUGCCGCACACUUACUGGGAGUAUGAGUAUGAAGACAGUAUGGAGUUCCUAGCGAUGUUACCAGCGAUCAUCGGUCUGGUUGCGAAGGGACAAAUAUCGACGAAGGUGAGCAGCGACGGUGAUUGGGUGCAAUUCCUGUCGGAGUGCCUGACUAACGUGACAGAAAACUUCGACCGCCGAAAAUCGUCAAUCGUUGAUUUUCUCAGACUGUAUGUCACUUUAAACGCCGACGACGACGGCGGAGCUCCCGCCGCACACGUUACGCAAAUUCUGGGAUCGACCGAUCUCGAUAUAAACGAGGUGUUAGCUAGCAGCGCUUUGGCAUACACCGACGAGCCCACGAGCGGCACGAUGCUACAGUGGGAAGAAUUGCAGACGAAAAUCCGAAACGGGCUCGGCCAAAGUACGUGGACGGAGUAUUCCUUGAUAGAUCGCGUGCUGAGUCUAUGCGGCAAAGACAAAUUAAUAGGACACAAAGAAGCGGAGUGUUGCGACCCGCGUUACACGGUUCUGUUGAAUUACGCCAAACAAUAUUUGCCGGAUAAUCCCGAAAUAAAAUUUUCACAGGAUAUCACACAAAUACUGAGAUCGAAGAUGAAGAGGCCAAACGGAAAAGACAUUUGCCCGGAACAAAGUGCCAUAGCUGCGCCUAUUUUCCGGUCCUUAGGAUUGAAAGAUAUGAGGUUCAAUCAGACGAUACUUUACAUGGCGCGAACCUUGGGAGCGGUCGCCUCGAUUAUCUGGUCGAAAGCCGUAAAUGCGCCCGUCGAGCAUCCGAUGUCGAGAUGCACUCACAGCUACAUAGAGAAGAUUCAGGAUAACGGAAGAAGGAGGCAAAAACGCAGAACGCAAAAGUAA